AUGCCCCUGCUCGAGAUUCAGCGGAUUUCACCCAGAGACACCACACCGUUCUUGAUUGGAGGGGACCAGCUAGGGAACCCUCUUCUUCUCUGGCUGAAGGUGAUCAUGUCGAUGUCGCUGCCGCCGGGUUUCCGGUUCAACCCGACGGACGAAGAGCUCAUCUUCUACUACCUCCGCAACCGCGCCGCCUCGGAGCAGUGCCCCGCCCCCGUCAUUGCCGACGUCGACGUCUACAAGUUCAAUCCAUGGGACCUUCCAUCCCAAGCGGUGUACGGCGACAGCGAGUGGUACUUCUUCAGCCCGCGGGAUCGCAAGUACCCGAACGGCAGUCGGCCCAACCGCGCCGCCGGGUCCGGCUACUGGAAGUCCACCGGCACCGACAAGCCAAUCCACGACGGCGCCGUCGGGAAAGGUAUCGGCGUCAAGAAGGCGCUCAUCUUCUACGAGGGCCGCGCGCCCAGGGGCACCAAGACCGGCUGGAUCAUGCACGAGUACCGCAUCGCCGCCGACCCCCUCGACGCCACCCUUAACAAGCCCGUCAAUGCUCGCAACGUCUCCAUGAGGUUGGAUGACUGGGUGUUGUGCCGGAUCUACAAGAAGGCCGGCCAGGCAUCGCCGAUGGUACCGCUGCUUACGCUCGAUGUCGACGACUACGGCCACGACGACCUCUCCGGUGGUGGCGGCUUCGACGACGCCCCUGGCUUCUUCCCACCCUCCAGCGGCAGCAGUGCCAUGAUCACCAGUGCCAUGAUCACGCAGAACCAGCAGCCGCAGACCGGCAGAGCCAACGUCGCUGGGAGGCUCCCCAUGAUCCCAUUCAUCUCCGACCUCUUCCACGAAUACCCUGUUGCGCAGAUCUUCGACGGCGAGGCCGAGCACCUCGCCAUCCAUCCAUCCCUGAACCAGCAGCUCUUCUCCGGCGGCCACAGCACGCGGGUGCAACCGUCGUACUACGCGCCGUCAUCGUGGUCGUCGUCCCCGGCCGCCAGUGGAGGCGCGGGAAAACGCAAGGCAGCGAGCACGGAAGAGUGUGGCGGCGCCGGAGCGGGAUCGUUGUUGGACGGCCACGAGUACUUGUCCAAGAGCCUCAACGGGUCAUGCUCGGCUUCAGUUCUAAGUGAGAUUACAACUGAGAUUUUUAAUGGUUAG